AUGAGCAAGUCAUAAUAAUAAAACUAGCAAGCAGAGGAAAACAAUGAUAAUGAUGAAGACAUGGAAUAAGUUAGUUCAAUUAAAGACUACUUAAGCGACUUAUUUAAAGAUGAACGUUUAGAAGUAGCAAGAGUUAAAAAUUAGGAUAGAGGUGAUACUGAAUUAAUCAAAAAAGAUUAAAUGGUUGAUAAAUUAGAUCGAUAGAAUCGUAUGAAUUAGGUUGCUAAAAUGUUAAAAGAUUUAUCUUGGGAAGAAAGAUUUGAAUGGAUUCAUUAGCAAAAGAUAAAGGGAAACAGGUUUUUUAAGAAAGGGCAAUAUUAAGAAGCAGCUGAUAUUUAUGUUUAGGGAUUAAUGGGUAUUGAGUUUAAAAUCCCAGACCCAGUUAUAUAAAGUAGAAUGGAGUAAGAAAAUAUUCUUCCUCUUUUGACUAAUGUAGCGACAACUCUUAUUAAGUUAAAGAAAUAUGAAAAUGCAUCUGCUGUUUGUGAUAAAGCAUUAAGCAUUGAUCCUCAAAGUAUAAAAGCAAAUUGUAAAAAGGGAGAAUCGUUGAUGUAUUGCAGAUUUUAUGAUUAGUCAGUUGUUUAUCUAAAAAAAGCAUUAGAAUUGGCUAAAAAAGAUGUUGAUAAAAUAAAUAUCUUAAGAAUAUACAAAAAGCUUAAGAUAAUGAAAAAAAACGAACAAAAUGUUUACAAGUAAAUGUUUCCUCCUUCUGAAGCAGCUAAAAACGAAUAGGAAAUGAAUUUAUUAGUAGAACAAAGUAAAAAUAAUGGUUUAAGUGCAGAACAUAAAAACCAUUUGGAAAAUGAAGAAGAAGAAGAUGAGGAUGAAGAAGAUUAAAAUUCAGAUGAAGAAGAAAGCUGUGAUGAAGAUGAAAAUGGUUAUGAAUAUUAAAAAAUUAAAUAAAAAAAGAACAAAACUAAUUCAAGUGAGUAAAAUAUCAAGAUUUUAGAAUAUAAUGAUUAAAUUGAAGCUAUUAAAUAAUACAUUGGUCCACUUUCUUUCCUUAUGAUAGUACCAAUUAAGAUUUAUCAAAAAAUUGCUACAGUCAUUGGUUGCAAGAGAAGAAAGGAGCAUAUUAAAUUUGAAAGUGAUAGCGAAGAAAAUGACGAAUACAGUCAAAACGAAGAUGCUGAGGAUGAAGAAUCUGAUUGA